GUUAUCUUAAUGGUUAUUUUUUUUGCAAAACUGUCAUAUUUAGACGCUGAGACUCCCCUAUGUUUCAUCAGUCAGCAAUACUCGUCCGGAGUCUAUAAGCGCCUCAACGCGGCAUAAUAUAUACAGAUAAAACAUUUAUUAUCAUUUCACACUGGAAAAUGUCUGUUACAUUUUCAGCUGUGCGUCCGAGGGGGAAAGGAGAGAUCACACAACAAACCAUACAGAAGAUGCUGGAUGAAAAUCAUCAUCUGAUACAGUGCAUUAUGGACUAUCAGAGCAAAGGAAAAACAUCUGAAUGUAAACAGUAUCAGCAGAUAUUGCACAGAAACUUGGUCUACCUAGCAACAAUAGCAGACUCUAAUCAGAAUAUGCAGUCUCUGUUACCAGCGCCUCCCAACCCCAAUCUAAACAUAGGUCCAGUUGGUGGAGGUCAGUCUCUGCACUCUCAGACUAACAUGAAUAAUAGUAUGGGCACUGGCUUGCCACCCACCUCACUAAUGCAGAGCCAAAUGAGCAAUGGCCCCAGCCACGCCCUCACCCAGCAGCAGCCCAGCACAUCCAUGAGCCAUGGCACGCGGCCUGGGUACAGCCACUCAGCGCCCACCUCUCAGGGUCAGGUGGCCUAUUCAUCCAUGGCCUCUCGUGCCAACCUCAACAUGCAGUCCAGCCAAGUUUCUAUGAUGCAUCAGCAAGGCACUGGAUCCCAUUACUCAUCCACCUCAGCAGGGGGUCAGCAUUACCAGGGCCAGCAGACUGGAAUAAUGGCACAGGGAAACCAGGGGAACAGCAUAAUGUCACAAAGGCCAAUGGGAAGUUAUUGUGUCCCACAACAAGAGCAGAUUUUAAGUGUCCUUACCACCAAGGGCAUUUACUACAUGCUGUUAGGAGACAGAAAUCGCAAGCUGAUCGUCACCGUCGCCCCAAUCCUGAAUACACUCCAGGGCAAUGGGUCUGGUUGUCUACCCGAGAUCUCCGCCUCCGACUCCCAUGCAGAAAGCUCAGUCCCAG